UUCAUUAUAAAUAUUAUGUAAUAUAUUUUCUUUUUAAAAUAUCAUCAAUAUUUCAUCAAUAUAUAUUUCAUCAAUAUAUUUUCAAUAUAAAUAAAUGAUUAUUUUAAUAUGAAGUAUACAGAUUUUUUCCAAAUACAUUUCAUAAAUGAUGAAUGUAUAUAGGAAUUAAUUCUUGUCUGUGUUUACAAAUUAUACAAUAAUUAAGUUGAAAUAUUUAAAUAUCUUAUAUAUUUAUAUAUACCAUAAUAAUUAUAAAUAUAAAAUAGAAUAAUUCAUAAUCAUGUUUAGUACUUUACGAAAUAAAUUUCAAACUGUUCAAGAAGGUAUAUCAGCUAGUAUCAGAGGAUUGACUGUUAUUGAAAAUCCAAAACAAAAAAAAAAUAAUAAUAUCAGAAAUGUUAAUUACAAUGCAGGAGCUGAUAUUUUGCAUAGAUUUCAAUUACAAUGGAAUGAACUACAUGAGCUUGCAGAAGAAAAUGCAGGGAAAGCUCAAGAAGCUGAUAAACUUAUUGAAACUAUCUAUGAGAAACUUGAACAUGAGUGGAAAAGUCUUACUUGUUUAAAUAGUACUUUAGCUUACAUUCCAAAAAUUAAUAAUGCAAUACAGGAUCUUAUGGAUCAAAUAGGAACAUUACAAGAAAUGUUUGAAGAAGUGGAAGGUGCAAUAUAUCGUUUAGAAGAUUUAAAUGAAAUGUUAGAUUUACAAAGUAGACAAUUAGAUCAUAGAUUUCAAUUAGCCUUAUAUAAAGAAAAAAAGCUUGCAGAAUUAAAUGUUAUUAAAGCAAAAUUGGCCAAUGAACAUAUUGAAAGAGUAUCAAAAUAUGAGCUUAAACAACAGAAAAUGAUGAAAGAAAGACGAGAAACAUUUGAUGAAGUUUUUAAAGAAGAACUUAAAGAAUAUAAAGCAACAGGAUCUAUAUCAAAAUUACCAGUAACACAACAAGGUCCAUCAUUGGAUGACAUAGUUUUGGAUGUAGAUUCAACAAUAUUUAAUGAAUUUUUAAAAAAUUAAGAAUGUAAUAUAUGUGCAUGUGCACAUGUAUGUAUGUAUGUAUGUGUUUAAAAGAAUAAAUAUAGAAAUAUUUGAGGAAUAAUUAUAAAUUAUAUAAUAUAUAAUUAUAUAAAAUUCUGUAUGAAUUAUGUAAAAAUAAAUAAUAACUUUUAGAAAU